AUGUCCAUAUCAGCUUUGAAUGCUCUCGAAAACCUUCCAGCAAACUUUACAAACACACUUUCAACGAUACAGAUCCAGCAAGUACUCGAAGCUUUUGCGCACCUUGAUUUUGUCUCAAAAGGCACCAAAAUUCCGAAGUUAUUCCAACUCAAGGCUCUCAUAUCUUUGCUUGCAGGAAGAAAUGUGGUUCUUCGAGCUGCAACAGGCUCCGGAAAGACACUCUGCAUGAUUUUACCAUUGUUUCUCUCCCCCGACAAGAUGGCUAUCACAGUGACACCU